AGAAUCUUGAUCAAACGCGGGUCCACUUUUCAUUUUGUAUCAAAUUCAAAACUCACGAAAACCAGCUAGCAUAUGCCUUCUCUGUUCUCCUUCUUUCUCAAUGUUGUCCGACUUCCAUGAAGAAGAAGAAGACGACUCCUCCAUUGUUAACAUCUAUAUAAACCUCGUCCCUCUGCUUCAUUCUCCACCCAAAAUUGCAAGAACGCAAUGGAGCAGAAGCUAAUUGAGAGCAAAGGCCAAGUGUGCGUAACUGGCGCUUCUGGAUACUUCGCUUCUUGGCUUGUGAAGCGAUUGCUUUCGUCUGGCUAUCAAGUAGUCGGAACCAUUAGGGAUCCAGGGAAUGUGAAGAAGGUGGAGCAUCUAUGGAGACUGGAAGGAGCCAAGGAGAGGCUCCGACUCGUAAGGGCUGAUUUGAUGCAACCUGGGAGCUUCGAUGAUGCGGUAAUGGGAUGCCAUGGCGUCUUCCACACGGCUUCCCCUGUCCUCGAUGCAACCCACUCCAAGGAAGAAACAUUGGAACCAGCUAUUGAGGGCACGUUGAAUGUGCUACGUUCAUGUAAGAAGAAUCCAUCUCUAAGGCGUGUGGUGCUCACUUCAUCUUCCUCAACUGUAAGAGGAAGAGAAGGUUGUGACCCCAAAAUACCAUUGGAUGAAUCAACUUGGUCCCCUGUAGAACACUUUGAGAGACUCAAGUUAUGGUAUCCUCUUGCAAAAACUCUAGCUGAAAAGGCAGCUUGGGAAUUCUGCAACGAGAACGGAAUCGAUUUAGUAACCGUGCUCCCUUCGCUGAUCAUCGGGCCUAGUUUGUCACCCAAUUUAUCUCAAACAGCAACUUGUGUCCUUGGCCUGCUUAAAGGGGAAGCAGAGCCUUUCCAGUCCAUUGGAAGAAGGCUGGGAUAUGUCCACAUUGAUGAUGCUGCCCUCUGCCAUAUCCUUGUUUUUGAGAACAAAGAUGCCAAAGGUAGAUACCUUUGCUCCUCAACUGUGCUGGAAAACCAUGAGUUGGUAUCGCUCCUAUCAUCCCGUUAUCCUUCCUACCCUGUCCCGAAAAGAUUUGAGCCAUCAAAUAGACCAUAUUAUGAGUUCAACACCUCAAAGAUUGAGAAGUUGGGGAUCAAAUUUAAGUCUGUGGAAGAGAUGUUUGAUGACAACAUUGCAUCUCUCUUGGAGCAACGCCAUCUUUCUUCACCUUAAUUUCCACUUCCUCAAGAUGUUUGAUUGAACGCAAAACAAGAGUUAUAUAUCAUAUAGAUGAAUUUUGUGGUUACGACUCAAAUAAAAAAUAAUUGUCGAUCACAUGGUUGUGGCUCUGUUGGAUAAUUUCUA